CGCCACCUGCAGCCAUGUGUUCAGAUAUAAGGCGGUAAUACUAAGGGGUACCUUCAUUCCUAAUAUAUAUUCUCCCUCAUUCUCUCCCUUUCCUUUCUCCCUCCCCUCUUCAUGGACGAUCCCCAUGGCUUUCCUUACAACCGCAAGCGCAAGGCCGACAGCGACGACCAGGACCCCUCCUCGACCGAUGCUGUAGUCGACGCCAUGCUCGUCGACCAACCGUCCUCAGGAGUGUCUUGCAGUGCCCCACGACAGUCCUGGCUGCGUACCGGCGCCAUUUGGGAUACGGGGGAGCAACAACUUGCCAGCCCCGCGAAACGUCCUCGCCACGAGACAGCCAAGAUGCCUCCGAGGGCAAUGCCUUCCAGGCAUCUCGCACUAGCACGGAGAUUCCCAGUCAAAAUGCCUCCUGCAAAGCCGCCGCCAAUUGAUAGAUAUGGCAGCGACGUCGAGGACCUUGGCAUUGUAUGUGGCACAGAUCCUGGGCCGUCGACAGGUUCUCUCCUUCACCUUAGAGACACUCCUGUGGUCGCGAAAUGUGUCUUGCGCCCACCAGACGCAGCCCAGCCCAUGCACGUAGAAGCAAAUUCACCGCAUAUACCACCUCAACUGCCGCUUGUCAACAGGCACAGUCUGAAAGAGUUGGAUCUGGACGUCAUUCUUCGCAGCCCACAACUUCGCCACGACUUGCUGUUCGAUUCCGGUCUUCAUUUCCGACCAACAGGCAGCAGACGGAAACGCGAGCUUUCUGAAAAGUACUGGAAUGCAGUUGUUCAGGAACUCGAGUCAGGCUGCACAUGCAUAUCCUUCGACGUGCAUGGUCAGCCUCAUUUACCCGUCGUUUGCGCUUGUCAUCAUCCUUCGCCUUCCGAUGUUCCCGUCUCUGUAUUUUCACCUUCUCUUCGUGUUGUAACGCUGCGAAUGCCGUCCCGCAUUCGGCCACUCCUUUCAGAAUUCCUAGAGGUCCUUCUUCUCGUUCUCCAACCCCUCUCAAGCAUAUCUGGCAUGUACGUAAAUCCUGGAUCCUUCAAAUCCCAGAUCCAGGAACAUACGGCCCAGGCCAGCCACAUUCGCUCUAUAUUCGAUCCGUCACUUAUCGAGCAAGAGCUUAAGCAUCGGGUUUUCGACCCUUCGGGAUUGUUCCGCGCUAUUGGUUCCACGCUCAAAGCCCACUGCGCUCCCAUAAGGGACCAGGCAGUUGAGGGCAUGGUCGAGGCGGCUGAGGCGUGCAAACCUGGCUGCCAGAUCGGCAAGGGGGAUCCUAUGAAGGCUAUUCGGCUUUGUAUGGACAUCUUAGAACUCAUGAAAUUGGACAUCGCGAACCAUCAACUGCAAACAUUGCGUCCCUAUCUCAAGCGAACGUCAGGUCACUGGGAGCUCAAAACUUUCAAAAGCCGUAAACUCUCCUCUUCCUUGACUGUCACUCGGGAGUGGAUAUGGCGAUCCCACUCGUCUAUGCUUUCACGUACAGCUGUCCUUUUGCACCCAUCAUACUCAGAUGGCCUAAGAUACCCUCAACUGAAACGAAAUCAACAAAUUUACAUCGCUGCCCUUAAAGGUCUCACUGAUCUUGUUUUUAAUCCGCCAACACGCAUCUCGCCAUCAUCAUUGCCCAGUCCUUCCUCUACACCGCCGACAUCGCCUACCGCCCCACUCCCGGGCUUCCCAGAAACGUGUUAUCUCGAUAACAACCGUCUGGUGUUGCUUAGCGCAGAUGUUGCUGAUCUGACAGCAAUGUUCAUGUUUCUGCUUCUGUACCGACAGUUGCUGUGUUCGGUAAACCCCGCCGUAACUCCGCACCAACAAGCCCCCAAGGUGGACGAGGCGUUUUUAGUGAAGCUCAAAAAUGAAAUCCGAGACAUCGGAUCCUCUCGCAUCGGCUACUGUUUCCUCGAACAGGAUUCUUUUAAGGACGGUGAUGAAAAAUGGCUACGCGUAAAACAGGAUGUUGUCCUGCAGAUUGCCAUGCGAGCUAAGGAAGGUCAAAACAAAGCGUAUUUAUGUUCUCUUUUCCGGCCUACAUUAUCAUCAACAGUAUCAGCACCCUCAUCUCCACUGUCACCAGCGCCACCUCUAUCUCCAUCACCUUCGCCAUCCCCCGCAUCGUCACCUUCGCCUCGUUUAUCGCCUUCGUGUCUAUGCAUCGGCCCCUCUCCAGACGAACGUACCCUCAGCGUAGCUCAAAAAUGGGCGGAUCUCAACAUCCAGCCGAACUCUUACCUUACGAUACUGCUUCGUAACCGCCUUCGUGACGUCGUAUUUAAUGCAGUCGUCGCUCUCUGCUACCCGGGCAGGGACUCUUCAACUGGACAGCUGUCGUCUGUUGAUUUCUUCUCGAUGAUUUCCUCCACUUCACGGUCAACCGUGAAUAUCGGAACGGCGACCGGUAUGGAACCUCUAGCCGGGGAGAUUCGUACCCUCGCAGAGAAAAUAUCUCGGCUGGCGCUCGUCCACCUCAAUGCAUAUCUACCAUUAUACGAGCAUCCUAAAUUUUUGUCAUUGAUGGCGUGAGGGACGAAUUGCGCCCUUCGCCUUUUAAUAAUCUUUAGUUUCAUCAUUUAUCAGCAUCUUCGACCCCGGACGAUUUCGUGAUACCUCUUCAUCAGGCUCAUAAUUAUUACACGCAUUAUCUUUUGGGCAUCUGCAUAUCUUUCUACAUCCCUGUUUAUGGUUUGUAUGCUACUCAUGACGGUGUACGAGACUAAUUUUGGCAGUUGAAAUCAAAAUAAUACAUACAUUGCGUACAUUGAAACACAUCCAAUGAAAAAAUGGGUAUCCUUAACCGGAG